AUGGUGCGGAAGUGGCUCAGCCCCUCCGCAGCGGCCAAAGGCUUCGUGGUGAUGAAUUGUGUGUCCCUGACCUACCAUGCCCUGAUCUUGACCGGAAAGGUGGACUAUCGUUAUGUGUGGGGUGGUCAGCUGAAGAGCAAGGAGGAGAUGUACAUCUUCGAGGCCCUCUCUGUGUCCCUCAAUCUACUCAU